ACAAAACAAACGAAAAGAAAAAUAUGAAACCAAGAAUUCUGCAACAAACAUGGAAAACCAUGAUCAAACAACAAAGAUUUUCAACAGUGAAUUAUGAUCCAUCAUAUAAUUCAAAAAUAUUAACAUCAAAUCAAUGUAGACAAUCAUUUAUCGAUUAUUUUGUCAAUGAACAUAAACAUGAAUUUUUUCGUUCAAGCCCGGUAAAACCACAAAAUGAUCAAUCAUUAUUGUUCGUGAAUGCUGGUAUGAAUCAAUUUAAACCGAUAUUUUUAAAUGAAGAUAUUAUUGAUGAUAAGUUAAAACGAUUACGUCGAGUGGUAAAUUCACAAAAAUGUAUUCGUGUUGGUGGAAAACAUUGUGAUCUGGAAACUGUUGGAAAUGAUUUUACUCAUCAUACAUUUUUCGAAAUGCUAGGAAAUUGGUCAUUCGAUGAUUAUUUUAAAAAUGAUGCAUGUCAAAUGGCAUGGAAUCUUUUAACAAAAGUUUAUGGUAUUGAUCCACGACGAUUAUUUGUUACAAUUUUUGCCGGAAAUGAACAAUUGGGUCUGGAGACAGAUUUAGAAACAUAUGAAAUAUGGCGUUCAAUUGGGGUACCGAAGAAUCGAAUACUAUCAUUAGGUAUGCGAGAUAAUUUCUGGGAAAUGGGACAAACUGGCCCUUGUGGAAUAUGUACAGAAAUACAUUAUUUAAUUCAAGAACCAGAUAAUGAUGAUAACUAUAAACAAUUCAUGUUGGACAAUUCAAUGGAAAUCUGGAAUCUAGUCUUUAUACAAUAUUUUCGUGAUCAUGAUGGAAAUCUUAAACGAUUAAAGAAAAAUUUUGUUGAUACUGGUAUGGGUUUAGAACGAAUUCUUUCAUUGGUACAAAAUGUUCCAAAUAAUUAUGCAACCGAUUUGUUUACACCGUAUUUUUUACGAUUACAAAAUCUAUGUAAAUGGCCCGAAUAUUCAUAUCGAUUGAUGGAUGAAAAAGAUAUUGCCUAUCGUAUAAUAGCUGAUCAUUCUCGAAUGAUUUCCAUUGCCAUUGCUGAUGGUAUUGAACCAUCAGAUCGUGGUGUCGGUUAUCUACUUCGACGUGUUAUUCGUCGUGCUAGUGAUUCAUUGAAAACAAUGACACGUAUUCAACAAUUGCCAUCAAAUGUUACAGAAACUGAUGUAUUUCAUGUAGCUGCCGAUACAACAGUCAAAAUUCUUGGUGAAGCAUUUCCUGAACUUGAACAAGAAUCAAUGAAAAUAUUCCGAAUUAUCAACGAAGAAUUUUUAUAUUCAACGGCAAUUGCAAGAAAUACUAGCAUAAUGAAAUAUGCUAAAUUAUUACAAAUAGAAAUCAAUGAAAAUUAUGAUCAUAAUCAACAUGUGAUAAUCGAUUGUAUGGAAAGAAUCGAUGGUCAUAUUGAAGAAAUUCGAAUAUCUUUAUCAAAAAAUUUUCUUGAAAAUCAAAAUGCAAUUGAUCAAAUACGUAAAGAUUUACAAAAUGUUCAAGCAUUAAUUACAAAUGAUUCGUCAUUAUCACAACGUUUUGGAUUACAUACCAAUGAAAUUGAAACGAAAUUCAAACAAAUUGAAUUGAAAUUAAUUGAAUUGGAAAAUGAAUCAAAUAAAAUUCUUGAAGAAAUUAUUCAACAUUUUCAAUUGGAAACAACUAAACAAAUGUUAAAAGGUGACCAUUAUACCAUUGUUCCUGUAAUGAAUAUUGAUUUUCUACCAAAUUAUUGUGCAAAUUCCAUUAAUUUUCUAAUGAAAAUUGGUCUCGAUCUUUAUGGCCAUAAUCCAUUAGCGUUGAUAAUGAAAUCUAAUCAUAAUCACUGUUUUCAAAUACAAUUAUCAGUACCAUCAACAUUUCAAUCAAAAUUGGAUGCUCACUCGUGGUUUAAAAUGGCAAUCAACGAUAUUGAUGAUGAUGAUGAUCAAUCCAUCAUACAAUCGAUACCAACAAAACGUAUGAAAAAAAUGGUCAAAUAUCAAAUUAAAGACAAUUCAAAAAAUGUCGAAAUCUUUGUCAAUAAACUCGUUGGAAAUUUACAAAAUAUUGGUGAAAAAUAUUUUAGAAAAUAAUAAAAUUUUAUUAUUUAUUUAUUUA